GUUGUCUCCAAAAAAACUUUUUUUUUUUCUUCCGCUCUCUUACCUCAUUUCAGUUUCUAGUUCAGCUUUUCGUAUCGGCUGUUUUCUCACACAGGCUGGUUUUUACCAGUCGGACUAAAGGCUCAGAAUUUCUUUGAAACUUUUUCAGCAAAACAUAAAACAGCAUUCAAACAGAAAGAAACAGAAUGCCAGCUUGCAAGAUCCUCUUUUUUCUUCUUGCACUGUUCAUAUCGUGUGGCCAAUGUAAUGAGCUCAAGUAUGGUCAAGUCGGGGGUGAGGUUUCCAUGGAUUGUGGAGUAUCUCAGAACAGUGAUGUAGAAUGGAAAUUGGACAACACUCUCAUCUUGAAAAUUGAUGGCAAAACUGGAACUAGUCGGAAGGGUCCUUCCCAUAUUAAGAAUAGAGCAAAUGCAAGUGGAGGAAAAUUGAAGGUUUCCAAACUAGAGACAAGAGACGCUGGAGUUUAUUCCUGCAGUCAGACAGGGAAACGAUACACUUUGCAUAUUGUGUCAGUCUCAGUCUUUGCUAAACCAGGCCCAGUGCUGGUGCAGUCUAGCAGUGCAGAGCUGCACUGCGACAUUACAGGACACCCAGACACUGAAGUACAGUGGAUGAGUCCCUCUAAUGAUAAAAAAGAUGAUAAAAAACAAGUAAUUCACCUGAAGUCUGUGACUUCAAAAGAUGAUGGCCAGUGGACAUGUCUGAUCAAGGAUGACUUGAAGUUCAGUUUAAAAUUGACUGUUGUUGGUCUCCAGACCACAGCUGUUGAAGUUUCUGAAGGAGGCAAAAUAGUGCUGCCCUGUUCUCUUCCUCAGCGUGUAUCUCAACGUGUUGUGGGUGGGAAAUGGACGGCUGACCACCUCCCCACAGUCUCUUUCCCGACCUUGAAGAACACGGAAACCAAAGGCUUACACUGGAGUGGCGAGAAUUCAUCGAAACUCACAUUUACUAGUGAACAACUCAACAUCAACUAUGAUGUCACACUGAUAAAUGCACAGCUUAGUGAUGAAGGGCAGUAUGUGUGUACAGUGGAGUUUGAGGGAGGAGUGAAGCUUACUGCAGAGAUGAAUUUGACAGUUGUGACAGAUGCCAAACCUUCAGGUGGAAAGGAAGUCAUUAAAAAGAAAGGGAAAACACCUACAGGUGGUGGACUAUGGAAAAAUGAAGUGUUUGGCCUACAGCUGUGGAUCUGGAUUGCCGUAGGAGCCAGUUCUGUGGUUCUGAUUGUUCUUAUCAUUGUGACUGUUCUCGUCCGGCAAAGGAACAAACGAAUGAAGAAGAGAGUGAAAAAGCUGAGAUCCAUGCGGCAGCCCCUUACAGCCAAAGACUACUGCCGAUGCAGAGCUGAGAGUGAGGUGGAGUUGGUAGAGCAAGAGAGGCCGCUUCCAGUGCCCAGACAACAGCACAACCCGCGUACACGUACAGCAGGCUCGAACCAUACAAUCGAGAAGAGCAGAGUGCAAGACUACUGAGAAAAAAAUCAUGCCACACUGGGCCUGUGCUUUUAAAUGUGCAUUUUGCUUAAUGAUGCCAACGAAUAAGACAUGCACUUUUUGCUUUAGAUGAAUGAAUAUGCCAUGGUUACUGUUCCUUUAAAACAUUGUGUAUAUUUUGCUGAGUAUAUAAUAUAAUGUUUUUCACAACAAGAAUGUUGAAUGUUUCCAUUUUUCUUUCAAAAAUAAAAAUGUAAUAUUCUUUUAA